AGAUGCCCAUAGCUGGUGCAAGUCUCAGAAGCUCCCCUUUCCUGUGCGUUCAGGCGGGUUGCCUGCUGGUCUCUGAGGAUCUCCUACCAUCUCCUGGGCACAUCCUCGGACAUCAGCUCCAAUGGCGGCCCUCACAGACUUUGCUUUUAUGUAUCGCUGGUUCAAAAAUUGCAAUCUGGUUAAAAACCUCUCUGAGAAGUAUGUCUUCAUCACUGGCUGUGACUCCGGCUUUGGGAACCUAUUGGCCAAACAACUGGUUGAUAGAGGCAUGAAAGUGCUUGCUGCCUGCCUCACUGAGGAGGGGGCUCAGAAGCUCCUGCAGGACACCUCCCACCAGCUACAGGUCAUCCUUCUGGAUGUCACCAAGUCGGAGGACAUCAAGGCAGCAGCCCAGUGGGUGAGGGACCAAGUGGGCGAGCAAGGCCUCUGGGCCCUGGUGAACAACGCUGGAGUGGGCCUGCCCAGUGGUCCCAACGAAUGGUUGACCAAGGAAGACUUUGUGAAAGUGAUCAACAUAAACCUGGUGGGGUUGAUUGAUGUCACCCUGAACAUGCUACCGAUGGUCAAGAAAGCCCGGGGCAGGGUGGUCAACAUGUCUAGCUCUGGUGGCCGUGUGGCUAUCUUCGGUGGCGGUUACUGUGUCUCCAAGUUUGGCGUUGAAGCCUUCUCUGAUAGCAUCAGGCGAGAGCUCCGUUUCUUUGGGGUGAAGGUCAGCAUCAUUGAACCAGGGAACUACAAGACAUCCAUUCUAGGCCAAGAAGCUUUGGAAUCACGCAUGAAGAAGCUGUGGGACCGGCUGCCACAGGAGACCCGGGAUAGCUACGGAGAGGAGUAUUUCCAAACCUAUACUGAAAAGUUGGUUAACAUGAUGCGAACAGCAGAGCCGAGAAUCAGUGAUGUCACCAACAGCAUGGAGCACGCCAUUGUCUCCCGGAGUCCCCGUAUCCGCUACAACCCUGGCCUGGAUGUCAAGCUUCUCUAUAUACCCCUGGCUAAGUUGCCCACCCCUGUGACAGAUUUCAUCCUUAGCAGAUACUUGCCAAGACCAGCAGACAGUGUUUGAGCUGGCGCGAGCUCAAGGGGUAGCCAGUGGGGGAUAGUGGAGAGAGCAAAGGACUGUGGGAUCACAAGAGGUGUUCUUAUAUAUCUCAUGGGCAGAGAACUACAUGCUCAGCUCACUGCCACUGCAGGCUGAUGCCUCCUCCCAUCUGCUGGGGCCUCUAGAAACCUGAUGAGGCCUCUGCUGAUUUAGAGAGUUACAGCACAGACCACAAGACCCUUCUCACCUGGCCCUGGAAAGGCCAAGGAAAAGAAAGUCGGCUUCUGCUGAACAACAAGCUGUCACCACCUCAGUAAAACACCAUGGGACAAUCAAGCCCAAGGAGAGUGUCAGCCCCUCCCUAUAGCUCCCUAAGCAGGCGCUGGCUUGUGUAUAUAUGACAUAUGUAGCAUGGUAGUGAGAACUGCUGGAGCUAUUCAAAGAAAGUUUAAAAUAGUUUUCUUUUCUUUGCAUUUCUCUAUCUGUAGGUGAUUGGGAUCCAUAUAAUGCUUGCUUCUUUAAUCACCAUUGAUUAAUGUUUCAGGUAUUUAUUGAGCACUUACUACCUACCAUCACCAAAGCUGGUAUGUGAAGUGUGUAAACUUGUUUUUUUGGUUUUUUGGUUUUUUUAAUUGUUUAUCUCAUUUUACUUUGUUACAAUAGCUAGCAGCAGAGAUAGGACAGUGACCAAAGGGACAAAAAUCAGAAAAAGGAAAUUUGAAGGACCCUGGAGUUUAAUAGUUCCCAAACUCAGAUGUUCACCAGGAUCACUUAGUUAUUUGAAAUGCAUACAGAAGCUGGAGAGAGGGCUCAGAGGUUAAGAGCAUUUGUGCCUUGCAGAAUCUAGGUUAGAUCCCCAGUAUCCACACAGUGUCUCACAGCCUCCAUAACUCCAGUUCCAGGAGAUCUGAUGCGUUCUUCUGACCUCCACAUGUACCAAGCAUGCAUGUAAUGUGUAUUGAUACAUGCAGGCAAAAACACACAUACACAUAAAAUAAGAUAAAUCUUUAAAAAGUGAAUGUAUAAGGAAGCUGGGCAUGGUAUCUCGUGCCUGUAAUCCCAACAUGUAGGGGGCUGAGACAAGAGGGUUUUUGUGAGUCUAAGGAAAGACUAGAUUACAAAAUGAGACACUGUCUCAAGAAACAAACAAAAAACUCAUAGGAACCUCAAUGUUAGAAAAUUUGAUUCAAUAAAUCUGAGGCAGAGCCCAGAACUACAAAUUGUAUACCAAGAACCUAAAUGUUCCUGCAUCCCUGGGAGCCAGUGAUAGUCCUGCAGGAGAAGCAGCCAGUCAGCUCAGAGUGGGAAGUCAUUUCCCCAAAAGCCCCCAGCUAAGUGGCCAAACAAACAAAACCCUUUCCCAGAAGCAGGGAUGAACUAUUUGUAACAUCUUCAAAUAAGUCACAGAACUAAACAAUUCAUGUCUUUCAAAAUAGCUACAAACUUCUGGAUUAUAUAAACUUUUAAUGAAAAAGGAUAUUUUUUGAUCAAGUUGAUAUACUGAGUCAAACCCAGAGCCUGAGCAUUCUAGGCGAGCACUGACCACUGAGAUACAUCCCCAGCCCUAGGAUUGUAAAUUAUCUUACUUAGAAGCUCAGGAUAGCCUUGAACUUGCUAUAACUUUUAAUAUUCCCUCAAACUCAUGAUUCUCCUGCCUCUGUUCCCAGAGUGCCAUCAGUCCCAACAAUAAGAGCAAGUAAAUAAAUAAAUAUGUUUAAAAUGUUGCUAACUGUUCAUGUAAUAAAGGUCAAAGUAUGAUUAUUUAAAAAUCAAAA